GCAAAAAAAAAAAAAAAAAGAGGCAGGGGUAGGUGGUGGAAGGGAACAGGUGGGAAUGGUUGAUAAAUACUAACUUUCCAACUAUGUCACCAGUUUUUCCCGGCCACAGGUCAACCCUACCACAGGUGCUUGUUAAAUACUUGUUGAAUGAAUGACUAGAUGAAUGACUGAAUGGCUGAUUAGCCUUGGAACUUAGGCAACACAGGGUCAGAGUUUAAAGGCACAGUAUCUAGGCCGUUUGAACUCUGGAAGUCCCAGGGCAGAAAGGAAGCGCUGAAUAGGUGGCAUGCUUGGUUUUGGUGGGCUCAAGUUCCCUACCCCAACUACAAGAGCUCAGGGGAUAUUUGAACCUGGAUUGCAGGGAGGGAGGACACUGAAAAUUCAAUGAGUUUCCUCCUUUCCCAUGGCUAGAAAUAGGGAUGGCAAGUGGGUUUCAUCUUGCUUCCUCUCUGGUCAAUUGAUGUGGCACCCAGGACUUCUGUGUUAAGAAGGGUUCUGAAGCCCAGAGGGAAAAAGUGCCCUGAUCAACUAGUACUGCCUGCCCUCAUUCAGGAUGUGGGAAGCAGCACCAUGUAUGUCAGAGUCAGGCCUUGGAGGAUUGAUUUUACCUCUUGUUCCUCUUUCUCUAAGGACCCAGCGGGAGCCUGGCCUGGGAGCCAGGAUGGCCAUCCACAGAGCCUUGCUGAUGGGCCUGGGACUGCCUCUCUUCCUAUUCUCAGGGGCUCAGGCCCAGGACCAUGUCCCACCUGGCUGUGGCCCAGACCUCAACCCCCUCUACUACAACCUGUGUGACCGCUCUGGGGUCUGGGGCAUCAUCUUAGAGGCAGUGGCUGGGGCAGGCAUCGUCACCACUUUUGUCCUGACCAUCAUCCUUGUGGCCAGCCUCCCCUUUGUGCAGGAUACCAAGAAGCGGAGCCUUCUGGGGACCCAGGUGUUCUUCCUGCUGGGGACCUUGGGCCUCUUCUGCCUCGUGUUUGCCUGCGUGGUGAAGCCCGACUUUUCCACCUGUGCCUCUCGGCGGUUCCUCUUUGGGGUUCUGUUUGCCAUAUGCUUUUCCUGCCUGGUGGCCCAUGUCUUUGCCCUCAACUUCCUGGCCCGGAAGAACCAUGGGCCCCGGGGCUGGGUGAUCUUCACCGUGGCUCUGCUGUUGACCCUCGUGGAAGUGAUCAUCAACACAGAGUGGCUGAUCAUUACUCUGGUCCGGGGAGGUGGCGAGGGUGGCCCUCUGGGCAAUGGCAGUGCUGACGGGGUGGUGGCCUCGUCUUGCGCCAUUGCCAACAUAGACUUUGUCAUGGCUCUCAUCUAUGUCAUGCUACUGCUGCUAGGUGCCUUCCUGGGGGCCUGGCCCACCCUGUGUGGCCGCUUCAAGCGCUGGCGAAAGCAUGGGGUCUUUGUGCUGCUCACCACGACCACCUCCAUUGCCAUCUGGGUGGUAUGGAUCGUCAUGUACACCUACGGCAACAAGCAGCACAACAGUCCCACCUGGGAUGACCCCACGCUGGCCAUUGCCCUUGCCGCCAAUGCCUGGGCCUUCCUCUUCUUCUACAUCAUCCCUGAGAUCUCCCAGCUGACCAAGGCCAGCCCGGAGCAAAACUACCAGGGGGACGUGUACCCCACCCGGGGUGUGGGCUACGAGACCAUCCUGAAAGAGCAGAAGGGCCAGAGCAUGUUUGUGGAGAACAAGGCAUUCUCCAUGGAUGAACCAGCCUCAGCCAAGAGGCCAGUGUCGCCAUACAGCGGGUACAACGGGCAGCUGCUGACCAGUGUGUACCAGCCCACUGAGAUGGCCCUGAUGCACAAAGGCCCGUCGGAGGGCACUUACGACGUCAUCCUCCCAAGGGCCACCGCCAACAGCCAGGUGAUGGGCAGUGCCAACUCCACCCUGCGGGCCGAAGACAUGUACGCCACCCAGAGCCAGGUGGCCACCCCGCCCAAAGACGGCAAGAACUCUCAGGAUCAGUCCCCGCAAAAUAAAACAAGAUGGUAGCUGCCCUCUUCCCCGGACUGCACGCCGCCCUGAUGUCCUCAUCCCCAGGGCCCAGGCUGGCCAGGGCGCAGCACUUCUCCCGCCCUUGCCACUGGAGCUGGGAGGGACCGAGGCCACCGGUCUGAAGCAGUGGACAGGGUCGGGGAUCCAGAAGGGCCCAGCCCCUUCCUGCCCAGCCCCGUUUCUCUGGGCCCAGUGACUGAGGCUGCAGGAGCCACCUGUACGCUCCCAGCCUGACUCUCUCCCCCCAUGUGGCGCCCUCAAAUCACAGCCCCUGAUGUCUGUUCCUUGACAACAGGAGUGUCCCCAUGCGUGGCACUCCAGAUGGCUAUCCUCCCUGUGGUGAACAAGAGGCCUCAGAUGCCCCUUCUUUGACUAUGGACCUUGCUGGCCUGGCCGUGUUUUGGGGUCCAGCAUUGGCUGCUUCUGCCCAGCUGGAUCUUCUCCAUGACUCUUUGGGGCCAAGCCGUGGUGGAGAGUUGGCUCUGGCCUUUCUCACCAGGGCCUCCUGCUAAAGCCUGGACUGUGGAAGGCCUCCGAGCUGGGGUUAGAGACACCGCUUCCCUUUGUGGUCUGUGGGUCCAGGAUCUGAGCCCUUUUGGUGCUUUAGCCACGUGUCCUUUUGCGCCUUGACCCUGUGCCUUUGAUGAACCUGGGCUCCGCCUACUAGCCAGGCCAGCCCCAGUUCUUCUUUGCUCCUCAUGGCCCCUCCCUGUCUGGGGACAGGGACUACCACACUGGUCCCAACCAGAGCAGCUCUCUCCAUCCGGCACUACCUCACAGGGAACCUCACAAAGAAGUUUGGGGAGUUUGCAGGCCACGGUGGCAUUUGGGGCUCGGGGUACCAUUUGGGGGCCCAUAAACAUUCUUCCUGUGCCUUCUCCCCUUUGGUUUCUCGGCCAGCUUGGAAGGUGGCUCCUGGGGCAAGGACAGAUUUAAAUAAAUGCUCUUGAAGCACCUGGAUCUGGCAGGUUCCGGUGGGUACAGCAGGGGCCUGCUGUGGCUACCUGGAUGCCUCUGGGUGGCCUGAGAGCACCUUAGCUGACAAGCCUAGUGAGGGUUGGGGCUGUGGUUUCAGGUCAGUUGAGAGUCCUGGACCAGAUGCCUUGGGGUCUGGCCUCUCCCAGGACUGAGGUUUGUGGGACUUGGGGAGGGGUGCUUAGAUAGGUGGGCCCUGGAAUUCAAGACUGUCCCAUUUCCUGGUGGGCAGAUGGCUGUUUCUGCUUCACCUUGGGCAGCAGAUGCUCAAGGGGUACCUCGACGAGCUGGCACUAUUCUCCCUGGAGAAGCCCCUGUGUCCUUGCUAUAAGACAUGCUCAGCCCCCCAGCAAAGAGGGUGGCAUUCUGGGCAACUGUAGGAUGCUGGCCACCAAAGAUAGAGACGUGGGCAGCUCCAGACUCCUGGGAGGAGGGGUUGCCUGUAGCAUCCUCUUUCCCUGACUUUGUCCAGCCCUCGGGCACAAAAUAGAACUGACUUAUCUGAGGGACCCUCCUCAGGUGUAGUCCCUGGAGCUCUGUCUUCAGCCCAGCAUCAGCUCUGGGUGCUGAGAGGGAGGAAGGGUGACUCCAACUCUCUGGGGAGGUGAGUCGGGGUGGGGCUGUCCCCAGGAUCCCCCUGUAGCUCGACAACGCCACCUUCCCCUCCCCAGCUCCCUGUGCUUUUGUCAUGAACGUUUUUUCCAGAGCUAAGUUGGGUGAACAGAUCCUGCAAAUAAGACCGUACCCCUGAGUGUGAACCUCUUCUCCCAUUUGCCUCUCCGUCUGUGGGGUUGCUCCUUCCAUGAAUAGAGUAUUAUUUUCCUCCAGUGGCAGGAAAGGGGAGAGCUCUGUGUACCUCAGACUUCUCUUGAUCUAGGUUAGUGGCCCCAGGAUCAUUUACCACCGAAUAAAGGCACUGUCUUGCUUUUCUAGGUGGUCAUCUCACAUGAGUCCUUGGCAGUGCUGGGCAGCCAGGGGUGCUGCUGGCGGUGAAUGGGGUUUGUUUAUAGCCUCGGCCCAAGGAGGUUUGUGGAUGGGGUUUGGGGAGGGAUGCAGGCCUGGCCCAGACCCUGAAAUGCCCAGGAGCCCUGUUUCCUUGGGACCCUGUUUCCUUGGGUUCCUGGCCAAGCAGGAAAAUGUGAACAUGCUUUUAGGAGAAAAGUGGUGCCUUCUCUGAGGUGGUCCAGCUGCAUCAAAAAGGAGCCUUAGAUGGAAGAAAACUUUAAUAGGCUAUUACCUGUUGCAGGUAAUAUGACUGCAUUUUUUUUUU